UAGCGACUAGUGAGGUAAUGAAUGUAAUGUUUAUACCUAGUGGUGCAAAACUACUUGAAACCGUUAACGCGCUAGAUAUCAAAGGGAUGUAAAAGUAAGCGAGUAAAAAUAAUUUAAGGCAUCAAUUCGUGACUGUACAUUUGUCCGGCGAGUGUUUUUAAGGUGACUCUUCUCUUAAGCUGUAUACUGUUCUCUGCUGAUCACAGAACAUGAGUGGGAAUUAAUCCAAGUACAGUUGUGUAGUAUGGCUGGGGUGAAGUGGCAGGACAGACUGAAGUCUCUGGAGCAAAGAGCCUUAUCCUUCCAGUCCGCCCCUCUGUGCUGUCCAUAUAAGCCACGUCUGUCCCGCCCAUGGCAGCCAUCCUCUGUGUGGAGACUCUUCCCUCGCCAAAGCGCAGCCAUUGUUUUCCUUCAGCAGCACAUUAAACAAGAUGUGCAUAUAUUUUCACUGGAGAAGGAAGGCAGUGAUGCUGGACAAAGAAUUUUCCUAGUGACCAGCUACAGUGAACUUUGGCACUAUUACAGGACUCACAGACAGUCUCUGAUGCACUGCUAUGAGGUCAUUCUCGAUGGGGCCGUCUGCAAACUCUAUUUUGACUUGGAGUUUCACAAAGCCUCCAACCUACACCUGGAUGGCAAGAUGAUGGUGGCCAAAUUAAUUCAGUAUGUGUGUGAGAAGCUAGAAGAGGUAUAUGGUCUAAACUGUUCUGCAAAAGACGUCCUUAAUCUGGACUCCAGCACCUCUGAGAAGUUCAGCCGCCAUCUCAUCUUCAUGCUCCCCAAUGCUGCAUUUAAAGACAACUCCCAUGCAGGUCAAUUUAUUCAUGCUAUCCUACAUCCUGCUUUGAACAGCCUUCAGAAAAGCAAAGAGGCACUCACAGUUGCAGUCGAUUCAGGAGAGAGCAGAGAUGAUGUGGAAUGUUCUGAGGCCAAGAGGAGAAAGUUUGAAAAGAAGGAUCUCAGCUUUCUAAUAGUGAAGAGUAAAAAUGGACCAGAACAACUUUUUGUUGACCUUGGUGUCUACACCAAGAACAGGAACUUUCGCCUCUACAAGUCUUCCAAACUGGGGAAGAAUGCUGCCUUCACUGUUGCAGAGGAUAACGAAUAUAUCACAAAGUCUUCCGGGCAAAACACAGAAGAAGAAAGCAUAUUUCUAGCUUCUUUGAUCACCAACAUCAGUUACACAGGACAGAGGAUUUUGACGUACAAUAUGCUUGAGAAGAGUACAGCAGAAUCUCCCCAUUUGACCCCGCAGAGACAGUCACACAAUUCUGACCUGGUGGGUGAACAGCAGCCGUCUCCAUUUAAAGAUGUGGAUGAUUUCGUGUUGACGGUCAUUUGCAAGGAUGGAAUUCAAGGACACAUUCGACGAUGGAACUACUUUGCGUCUGAGCAGCUGCUAGUUUAUGAUAUUGGGAAAUUUCGCUGGUGCCAAAAUGUGAAUCGUUUCCACAAGAGCAACAAUAUCAUGAUUGUGGUGGAUCUCAAAGAGGAAGUGUGGUAUCAGAGAUGCCAUGACCCUGAUUGCCGGAAACAGAAUUACAGAUCCUCAAGCUACUCACUGCCGAAGGAAAUCUGCAUGAGUCAUAUACUGAUGGAGGAUGAAGAGGAUCAGGCAUACUUAACAGAUGAACUGGGCAACAUUGAGCUUGCACAGAGCUCUGUAACUGUGACUGCUUCAGCAGCGCAGGUGACGGUGCAGGAGUCAUCCCCAGCUGCCUGGGGUAAGGACCUUGAGGAUUGGGACGACUCGACCGAUGACACGGCUUACCUGGAUGCCCUGCAGAAGGUAGAAGAGGCCGCUGAGCAGGAGGUCUCUGAUGAACUUCUGCUCCAGGCAGAGACUGACUGUGAAUGGUGGUAGUACAGUCUAAAGCAGGGGUGGGGAACCCUGGUCCUGGAGGGCCACUGUCCUGCAGAGUUUUGUUCCAACCCUAAUUAAACACUCCUGAAAAAUUAGUCUUCAG